UGCACUCAGUGAAGCACUAGUUGUACUUCCAAAGUCAGUUCGUUGAUUACGUUAAUAUCUAUAAUUAAUUAUUUUAAGUGAUCAUCCGAUUCCCUGCUAAAUAUGACUUUUCCCGGCAGUCACGUGACCGCUGGCAAAAAUGAAAGUUUCUUUACAAUCAAUAACACGAGCUUGAGCCUCAAAUGUAAAUGAAACGAUCGCUCUAUAAGUAACUAUAACAAUGCUUUACAGAUCGAGUUAUGUAGUAUGAUACUAAAGUUUACAGCAGUAAUACUAAAUACUGCCGUUUAAAUCCACGAAUUGUGAAUGAUGGCUUUACUCUUCAGGCUAAAACUGAAACAAGACAGGAAUGAACCAAAAUGGAUUCUCAUGCUGAUAGUUGCAUUCCACAUGAUCGUCACACCUCAACACGUUGAAGCUUUUGGGAAUCCCGAGCCUCUGAGAGUGCUGUCAGUGGGGGUCAGAGGUCAGUCCAGCGUCAGCAUUGCUGAUCUUCUGUCUGGAAAUAAAGAGCAGAAACAGAAGGACGGAGAGAUCGUGAAGACUCCAGUAAUGAUAGGCGAGGGUCGCAGACUGACGCUGGUCACUGGACCAAACCUCUGUGAGGAGGACACAGCGAGACAGAACUUCACCACAGCGCUGUUCCUCUCGUCUCCUGGACCUCACGCCGUUUUAAUGCUCCUCCAUCUGGAAGAUCCACAAGCAGAGCCGCCGUGUGAUCUGCUCCAACAAGCCCAGGAGCUGCUGGGAGCAGAAGUCCUGCAGUACUGCAUUGUUCUUCUGCAGCAAAACCAGCAGGAACGCUUGACAGGAGCGUCCAGAGGGAUCGCUGGAGACAUGAUCAACGCAUGUGGAGGAAGAUUUCACAUCAUACCAGACGCUCAGACCAAACCUGCAGCUCUCCUGGAGGAAAUAGACAAGCUGGUUUGGCUUAAUGAUCGCAGAUUCUACUCUGCCUUCAAUAAGACACAUCUCUUACAAUUAGAGAAGCAAGAGCUGUUAAAAAGACUACAAGAAAUUGACGCCAAACUUGGAGAAAAUCAAGUUUUUUGUGCAACAUCUAACACUUUAGGAGUGGUCGGAUGGUGCCUGAUCGUUUCACUAAUCGCUAUUGCUUUGGUUACCCAAUGGAACAUCAAGAUUUUAGCAUUUGAGGCAGCUCUUGCAGGACUUGUUGUAUUGAUGGCAUCUCUAAGGAAUGCUCUGAAUCCACAUGUUGCUUGUGCAUUAAAUCUAGCUUUGUGCUCCACAUAUGCCGCUGCCUCCAUAAAGUAUCUCCCACCAAUGCUCAAGUUGAAAAAUGUGGAAAAACGGCAGAUGGAGUUUCUGUUUACAGUGGGUUUAGGAGUGACUCUUGGAUCGAUAACUAGCAUAAGGACCCUUUUCGAUGUUUUUAUUACAUCCUGCGCUGCUUUGGGAGUCGCAUUUGGUGCUUUUGUAUUUUUACAAAUGUCACUAGAGCUCAAAAAUGUGAAUAUACGGGAAAUAAUCUUAUUAUUUAUGCUUUGCGCAGUCGGUGCAGAACUCGCUCUGUUGUGUGUGAUUGUACUCAAAGCUGUAUUUGGAGUGACGCUUGCUAUUAUUCUGAGUAUAAUUGCGACUGUAUUUGGAUUUCGUGGUUUAGACCCUAGUGUUCAAGGCUAUAUAAUCGAUAUUCUUACUUUUCUAGGGUUUUUUCCAUGUUGUUUUGUGUUUACGGGAUCAGUUGUGCUGGUUUUAGAUGUUCUGUUGAGUUAUGUUCAGGUAUUUACUGAAUAUUUGAUUGGUUCGGUCUUGUUUUAUACAGCAUUACUGAUUGGUUCUUUACUUUUGGCUGGAAGUCCUAGGUCGUGACUGUAAAUAUUUGUACAUCGACUUGAAUCAAAAGAUAACUGUGUGGAUUCUGAUGAUCUACAGGUUUUUCAGGCUAUAUUGUUUAGUGCAAUAUGUGACAUUUCUCCAAAAAUGCAAGAAAAUUCAAGAUUCAAUUCCCUGAGUUGUUGUAAUGUAAAUAAGUUUGUUUUUAUCACUUCUUCAAGACAGCAUAAUGUUAUGCAUAUGGUAUCCAUCCAUGAAGAGCCAAAAAUAAAUAAUGAACAUCAAUAAAAACAA